AGGAGGACGUCUUGAGGUUUCAGGACGUUAAACCUCGGGUGGUCAAAACUCAUCUUUUUUAAAUAGUAUUGCCGUAUCAAGAAUAACCACCCGCUUAACUGCUCCAUCACGAGCUACAGGGAACAGGUUGCCUGGGAAACGGCCGCAUGGCAACAGGAUCAGAGCCGGGGGGUUGUCUGCUGCUGCUAGCUCUGCUCCCGUUUCCCAUUUCCUCACUAGAUGGUGUGCAAGCCACUGGAGAGUCGACUUCCUCCCGCGGUCUGGUUCCGAUCAAAACAAAUCUGGAAAACUACACGGAACGCCAUUUCUCGGGGUUUUCGCGAAGGAUUAAUAUAUUUUCAUCCAGAUAUUUGUAGCCUAUUUGUAUUUUUGAUAACGGCGCGGAUCGUACUCCAUUCGGCGGUGAUGGACAUAAUGAUUGCAGUGCAGGAUGCGUGCGUCUCCGGUCAGUGGCUCACCGCUAUAAUUCUUAGUCUUUGCUGCUUUUUACCAUCGUGUUUGCCCGCAGGACAAACUGUGGACUAUGCGUCCAGCGAGAGUGUGGUCAGCAGACAGGGAGACACCGCGCUGCUCAGAUGCUACCUGUUGGAUGGGAUCUCAAAAGGAGCAUGGUUGAACCGUUCCAGUAUCAUUUAUGCAGGGAAUGACAAGUGGUCAGGGGAUCCUCGUGUGUCCAUCGUAUCGAAUGUGGGGGAUAAACAUGAAUACAGCUUACAGAUACAGAAAGUGGAUGUAACGGACGAGGGCUUGUACACCUGCUCGAUACAGAGUGAACGUAACCAACGCCCAAAGCUCAUCCAGUUAAUUGUAAAAGUUCCUCCCAAAAUCUAUGACAUUUCAUCGGACAUUACUGCAAACGAAGGCAGCAAUGUUUCACUCAUCUGCACAGCCAGUGGGAAACCAGAGCCCAAAAUCUCUUGGAGACAUAUCACCCCAUCAGCCAGGAAGUACGAAAGUGGGGAGUAUUUAAAUAUCACAGGCAUCACUCGGGAUCAAGCAGGGGACUAUGAGUGCGGCGCCGAAAACGACAUUGCUUCACCUGACACUAAGACCGUGAGAGUCACAGUCAACUUUCCUCCAGCAAUCCAUGAGAUGAAAAGUCACGGGGUUCGACCCGGUCAGAUUGCCCUGCUGAGAUGUGAGGCAGCAGCUGUCCCCUCUCCAGUCUUUGAGUGGUACAAGGGAGAGAAAAGGAUUAACAUGGGCCAAGGAAUAGACAUCAAGAACCUCAGCUCCAGAUCAGUUCUCACAGUCAAGAACAUGACACAGGAUCGCUAUGGCAACUACACCUGUGUGGCUGUCAACAGGCUGGGAACAGCCAAUGCCAGUGUGCCUCUGAUUCCAAUUAUUGAACCAACAACAACUAGUGCUGUCUCAAGUCCAGGAGGGUUGGAUUAUGGGUAUUCAGAAAGAAGCAAUACAUACGCACCCAACACCGCUCCGUAUGGAAGUAAAGGAUGCGCCGAAGUCCUGCUGGCCUGCCGGUACCUGAUCCUGGCUCUCUCUUCUCUCGUCAGCGUUUACUAGCCCUGAGGACGGCCAUACACAAUGACUGUAAAGAACCCUUUUGAGCAUUUACAGAUCCUUUGACAUUGCUGAUGGCUGGAUCCAAUCUGGUACAGUGUGUAUGGAAAGCAGCAAGUGAUUUUAAUCAGCAUUGCUUAUGUUGGGAUGGUAAUUUUCUUCUGUGGUGUUUGUCAUCAUGUAAAUACAUGCGGUUUUAGGGGUUUUGUUUUCUUUCUUUUGUCGUAUAUUCUUUUCUUGAUUUCCCACUUUGUGAAUCGGUACACGUUGUCCCUUUCAAACACUCUCAAAUUAGCUAAAAUCGCGCUUUUGAAAAGUGAAGGGUGUGUGACAUUAGUGUCUUUGUCAUUGAAAAAGGAAAGACGCCCUAGUGUGCCACCUUGCUCUCCAUGCUGGUACAUCAUUCACAUCCCCAUAAAGCGGGCAAAGAGUUUAAAUAAUACGAUUUUGGCGAGCUCAUUUGAAUCAAGUGAACCAAGAAACAUUGUUUAAGAUUUCACUAAGGGAGAUAUAUUGAAAUUGAAAUCAAAAGUAAUACAAUCAAAGGUGAAGUGAACAAUUGAAGAUCAGCUUUAGUUUAAUACGCUUAAUACGCUAAUGUGCAUUGUUUUUUCCACUGACAAUGAAAUAUGAUUAUUCAUUUUCUGGACCAAAACUGCAGCCAUACCUCAAUGGUUUAGACAACUGAGCUAUAGACCCCAAUUGCAUUUAAAUGAAUUAUGCAGUGUAAGAUCAUUUCUAGUUAUUCUAGAAAUACAUGAUUUAUUUGUUUUACUGCAGGAAAAAGAAAUCAGACUGCACUCUUGAGAUUAAAAUAUGCAUGGAGUAUGAGAUAAAUUUACAAUUUAAAUGUACAUCUUGUAAAAUUAUUUGUGAGCCUAAUUGUAAAAUUAAAAUGAGACGCAAUCAGUGGCCAAAAAGUUAUAAAGUGAAUAAAGAUGUCCCUUCUGCCCUGGGGGUCUAUAGUAUACUAUGAAAAAGUUGCAUUUUAUGCUGUGUUAAAUAAGAUAACAAUUACAGUAGCACAUAAAAGAUAUUAAGCAGUUGGCAGCUUGCAAAAUAAUGUAAUGGGCCGAUCCAAAGUCCAUACCGGAUGUAAAAGACAGCAGAAAGUGGGUCAUAUUUGAUGUGCACUUUGAUUAAAUGAGAAAAUUAUGGACAGUGUCUAACGGAACUUAUCUGAUGAUGAUUCAUUGUUGACUUUUUUUUUCUUUUCUUUUCUUUUUUUAGAGAUUGUUUUAUGGUUGGAUUCAUUUGAUCAGGAUUUUUAUAAUGUAUUAACAUAUUAUCUGCUUUGCUUCUGUCAGUGUGAAAUAGUUUUGAAUAGGGAAGCAGAAAAAAAAAAGAAUAUGCACUUCCCUUGUCGGGGACAAUAUGAAACUUACAAGUGUGGAUCCAAACAUGUGAAUUAAUAUUAUUUCAAAAUACUUAUGCAGUAUGGCAUAGUUUACAAUGUUGUCUUUCAUUUUAGAUGCCACAACUGUUGAUGAUUCUUGUCAAACGAGUAGAAGUUGGAAAAAAGAACCAUUUGUAAUCAAAUAAUCUACUUUUAACUCAGAGGGUGUGAACCAGUCAUACGGUAUAAUAGAAAACGAGUCACGUGUGUGUAUAUUCGAAGAAAGUAGAUUUCAUUUUAUCUUAUUGGUAGAGCCGGUGUCUAGGUUUAGUUUAACCUCUACCCUAGUUCUCACACACUUGUUGUAUACUAAGAUGUGCAGAAAUUAUAAAUGUGCUGCAUGUCAAGUUAAUAUGUAUGUUAAGGUGGCCACUUACCAUAAAUUGAUAAUUUGAGAACAAAACCAGUUUUCGAGGCUGCUUUGACUUAAUGAAAUGUGUUCCACAUUACUGGACAUCACGAGGCCUGUCUGUUGAGCUAUGAUGAAAUGUUCUUUUCAUGUGAAAGUUAUCUCAGAAUCGUUUCUGCUCGGUGCGCAAUAUUGGGUCCUUUCAGAUGGACUAUAUUUAGGCUAUUUGGUCAAUGUGUGACACGUUUACAUUCUUUUUGUCUAUUAUUUCUUGCACAAAAUACAUUUUGAAGGACAGGAAAAGUCAUCAGACUAUUUCACGUACAAUUACAACAGAUAUAUUCUGACGUGAGUCUUUAUUAUGAGGUAUCAGACACAGUAUCGUAUAGGUUUCACCCAAUGUCCCUUUGCUUAUUACAGACCUGAAAGCCUCAAAGAUCAAACCGAGAGACGUUUAAAUAUUAAUUGCUGUGUCAUCACACCAAGGCCUUGCUCUUGCCGUUGUGAUGUAAAUAGUAACAUUGCACUUGCUUAUCAUAACCACAAACCUUCAUAAUCGCAGAUUAAUAUCAGUAGCUUUGAACAGUAAAUACGCUGCAUAACUUCAUUUUGAGUCCACUCUAGAAGCAAGUACUGUAUAAAAUGUGCCUUUAAAAGUGUUAAUUGAUAUGAUCUGUUGCCAUUCCAUGUCAAACGCCAUGUCAAAGCCUCAUCCAUUUGCCAUUCAUAACUAGCAUACCAGACAAAUAUCAGCGUUGCACAGUAUUUCUUGCUUCCUAUUUGAUUCUUUCAGUCCAAACUAAUAGCUGAUCAUUUUUCUUAAAACAUUUGCCAAUUAUGAGUUCUGUAAAUAUGUAGAAGUAGCACAUGCUCUUUUAAUUAAUAUUGAGAAUUAAACAUCAACAAAGAGCUCAUUAAAGCAUCAUUAAAAUGGCGUAAGUGGAUAUCAAGAUAAAAAGGCUGAAAAAAAGCCGACAAGAGGCAUUCAUGCAUGCAUAAUUCUCCUGAAAGUUACAGUCUUUCAAAAGAGUCUGUAAAUAACAGGCAAAUGUGCUGCAAAUUUCCACUCUGAACAUCUAAUGACUUGAUAAUCACAUUCCUGGACAUGCAUUAAUAUUCAAUGACGAGUUUCAAAAAUGGCUCACGUCAGGCAAGCGCUACAGUAGAUGUUGACAGAUUUCGCAUGGUGCCGGUGGUCAUGAAAACCCGAUAGACAGAUGCUAUUUUCAAAUGGGUUCAAAUUACUGCAAGCAACACAGUUGUGUGGCCUGAGGAGACCCCUUGAGUUCCACCACCUUCUUGAAUCCAUCGCAGCGUGGUAUCAGGUAGAAAUUUAGAUUUUUUUUUUUAUAUAUAUAUAUACAUCCUAUGAGCACAUACCAGUAUAGAAAAGUCUUCGGUGUUGUGUAAUCACACGUGUACAGUCCAAAAAAAAAAAAACAUUUAAGAUUCUUCAUCUCCUAUCUUGAGCGGAGCUGCUGGCAAGACAGAACGAGGGUGGUAGGCGGUAUUUCAAUGAUUAAAAACCUGUCAGCUCCAUCUCUGUCUUGGCCAGACUCUUUUGAAAGUCGGUUUGAGAGUGCUGUGUGUGCGGUCAGGGGAGGUGAUUCUUCUGACCUGGCAGUUAAUAAAAUUCUUCCUGUGCCUUUGUCAGUUUCUGGAGGAUGAUUUUGUGGAGUGCUGGAGGGUGCUGCAUUAACCAGCUGUGAGCGCUCACUCUCCCAGCAGCACUCUGGCAGGGCUGACAGUAAUCUACAUAAACCUCUGUCCUUUUCAAAACGCUUGCCAGUAAUUGCAGUUUUGCAGUAUUCUAAUUGACUCCACGGAGCACCGUAAAGAACAAAAACCUAUAAUCCUUCCCGCAGCCCAUUUGGUUCGCGGCUAUUGUGUUAAACCUUCAAAUGAUAUGAAACUGAUGACAAAUGAACAGGCCGCCAUGACUGUACUUAGCCUGUAGAAACAUUCCUUGGCAAAAUAUUUGUCUGGAUAAUAAAGUAGCUGCCAAAACAAGAAUGAGUGAAUUCUAAAGCUUUUUUUUUUUUUUUUCCUUGCCAUAAAGUGUUUUGUCAAGCCCCUCGCUCAUUAUUUUCACUGAGCUGGAAAAUAAGUUAGCCAAGCACUGAUACGGUGGUUUUGAUAAUGCUAAGGUUUUAACAGAGCUGUCUUUUGCUAAGCUCUGUUUGAAACCAGCAAUUGAGUCUCGUCGAGAGAAGCGUUUACGUAAAAAGCAAGGGAUCAAUUUAACGCGCAAGUCUAGGGUUUUCUAAAAAACACACUAUUCUCUUAAAUUCACUGUUAUGUUACUGUCAUUAGAUGUCGGUUGACCUGGUAAUUUGUUGCUAGCUGUUUUGAAUGGCAUGGGUUAUUUGUGUCGGCACCGUUCAUAUCUUAACCGGUUAUUUUGUGAAGUGGAAUAUGUCCACCAGUGAAACCACCUGUCUACUACUGAGUUAUUGAGCACAGAUUGAGGACACCUGCCAGAAUGAUCCAAAUUUACACUAAUGCUUUUUAGAAAUAUUUUGUGAGCUUUGGUUUCUUUUGUAUAUACAUGUUUAUUUGAUUUUGGUAUCUUUUAUUUUGUUUUGUUCAAUUUGGUGAAAAAGUGAAAUGGACAUUGUAACCAUAUUGGGAUGGCUGUACUUUUAUUUCCUCAACUCUUGACGCUGAAAUUUCUGUGAUGAGAAAUUUGAAAUGGUCAUCUUUACUUACAUGUGUAUGGAGAUACUUUAGCCACCAGGGAUAUAGUUGUAUAUUUUAGGCUCUAGAUCACUGGAAUGACAUAUAUGGCUUUAAGUGGCAUUGAUAUAUAUUGAUAUUUGUCAAGAAAAAAAAAAGAAUCAUAUACUUUAAUUACUUUAAAGCUUACAUUGUGUAUAGCACGUAUGCAAGUUCAUUUUCAUCAUGUUUGAUGUAAUUUUGUAGCAGUGGUUUGAUACUAAUAAAGUUGGAAGUUGGUGAUGGAACCGUGAAA